AUGUCUCUGUGGCCGCCGCGAUUCACAUCCUUAACUUCGAGUUCAUCGGGAAACACGAACCGUCCUUCGCCUACUUCUCCUCCGCGCCUCACUCGCGACCAGCAACAGCCACCGUUGUCUCCUCGAGGCGGUCAAUCCUCGAGUCCACGUCAGCAACCACACACGCGCGCCGUUAGCCACCCGCUACCUAGGAUCUUUGGAAAGAAGAAGAGUGCCCCUGUCUUGCGAGACGUUCCUCUUGAUGAAUCCUUGGUACCUGUGCUGGAUGCUGGUCCGUCCGGAGUACCUAAGUCAGACAAGCCGAUUGGCGGUCGCAAGAGGGAUGAAGAAUUGACCACACGUCAAUGCAUGUGCUGCGACAACACUGUACGCUUUCCUCGUGAUCUCAAGGUCUUUCGUUGCACCAAUUGCUUGACCAUCAACGACCUCGAGCCCUACGUCAAGGAGACUCGGGACCCCAAGCCUUCAACAUAUCCGAACCAGCAGCCUGGGCCGCGCCCAAUCCUUCCGCUAUCCGUUGAACGCAGUCGAGCCAUCAUUGAUCGAUGUCUCAUCACAUACCUCGAAGCACGAUGCCGGAGAGGAGAUACGCCAACUUCUCCAGGUCCAUCAGUCCUCCAAGAUCCUUUCGUUCGCCGUGAUCCGACGACAGACCAUGCGACUCUCCAACCAUCACCACGCUUCGCGCAAUCACCGACCGAGACGCCAGAAACUGCUUCUGCCACCUUGAAGUCACAGGACGACUUUCAAUAUUUCUCAUACUCGAACUCUCUUUCGCCGAAUAAGAGCCCUUCACGUCCGAAGACGGCCGGCUCGGCAUACACAGCUCCUCAUGAGCCUCUAGUACCGCCAAUGCCACCUCUGCCACCCAUCAGAAGACCGCCUCCACCUCCUGGAUCCCAUUCUUCGCCCCUUCCGAUGCGUCCUGGUCCGCCUAAUUCGAACGACCGAAAUAUCUCACGUUACGAUCGCGUCAAAGUUAUAUUUAAGCCUCUGGAGGACUACAUGUUGAGCAGUUUCGGUGACUACAAUUGUCUAAACACUUCUUUCAGCACUGUACGUCAGCAUGUUGCUGUUCGCAGACAAAGCGAGAGUGCCAUCAAAACUCCCCCUUCUGAACCUGUCGAAGGUGUCAAUCAAAGUCCGAUCGAUUUGUUCUCUCAAAUGGAUGCAAAAACGUUACUACUUGGUGAUUUUGCUGAGAACGGAGACUGGUGGACAGGUCGCGUGACUCGCAACCGCUCCGACAAAUCUGACAAACGCGGCCAUCAUGGCUCAGAAGGUAGACGAUUGACCACUUCCCGAUCCCCUCAUAUCGAUUGGGAUCAGCUUACACACUGGUACGAUGUUAUUCACGCUGCUGGGCUUAGAUGGCGCGACAGAGUUGCAAACCUGAGGAAUGUCGACCGGGAGAAGGUGGACGAGCAUAUUCGCGGCCCUGCCAAUGCUAAGGAGAUUGAUGAGGAUAUUGCGGAAGCUCGACUACAUGCUGAACGCGCACUGCUGAAGAUUACUGAAAAUAUCCUCAAGCGGCCCACUCGACCUCUCAUAGAGCCAGAUCACAUACGUUUUUUGCUUGUCAUUCUGGCCAACCCCUCGUUGUAUCCCUCGAACCGAAACUCAGGAAACCGACCACCCAUGCCUCGUACUCCUUCCGGGCUCAAGAGCUCAACAUUGGCGCCACCGUCUGCGUCAAGAAUGAUCUCCCCACAAAAGCCGCCAGGUACACCUGUUGGAAACGAACCAGGGCAGCAUGCUGGUAUUCUCAAGCGUAUCUUCGGAUUGAUUGCGAAUUCCUCUGAGAAUUGUCAUCGUUGUCUUACCAACUGGUUUAGUAGGAUGCCCGAGCAACAGUUCAUCAAGACGGUCGAUUUGGUAGCGCGAUUUGUCACGUAUCGUCUUUCACGCCGUAAGAGUAGGCCUCGUAGUGUGACGCCUCAAGACGGCGGUCUCAUUCCUGAUCUGUCGGGAUCUGCAAGAAACACUUUCGCUCAGCUCCAAUCAGCAACUGGAUUGAGUGGCAGCGGCAGUGGAGCUGGAAGAAACAAGAUGCCUCAAAUGGAGACAAUUAGUGUGGUCGACUACAGUGAAGAUUGGCAGCUGAGGGCCGCUGCCAAAAUCAUGGCAAUGUUGUUUGCUGCAAAUAACACAUGGCAGACCAAGAAAGGUGGCCUCACCCCUGCUCAGACAAGCAUCUCCACACUAUCUCGGCCUCGCACAAAGAUGCAUGGACAAUUACUUCCCACUUCCGACUUCUACAACACUCUGCUCGACUACAAUGAUCUGGUCGCCGAUUUCAAAGCUUGGGAGUCGAAGAAGGCGAAGUUCACAUUCUGUCAAUAUCCGUUAUUCCUUUCGAUGGGCGCCAAAAUUCGUAUCAUGGAGUAUGAUGCUCGUCGACAGAUGGAGAUCAUGGCUCGCGAGGCCUACUUUGAUUCCGUCACGACGCGCAGAUCAAUUGAUGGCUAUUUCCAUCUGCGUGUCAGACGCGAGUGCAUGGUCGACGACAGUCUAAAGCAAAUCAGUGGUGCCGUAGGGUCAGGUCCAGAAGAGUUGAAGAAGGGCCUCAAGGUUCACUUCACAGAUGAAGAGGGUGUUGAUGCAGGUGGCUUGAGGAAGGAGUGGUUCUUGACAGUCGUCAGAGACAUCUUCGAUCCUAACCAUGGCAUGUUCCUCUAUGACGACGACUCAGGCUUCUGCUAUUUCAACCCAUCUUCUUUCGAGACGAGCGAUCAGUACUACCUUGUAGGCGCUCUUCUUGGACUCGCAAUCUAUAAUUCCACUAUCCUCGAUGUGGCUCUCCCACCUUUCGCUUUCCGCAAGCUACUUGCAUCGGCCCCUCCUUCGGCCCAAAAUCCUGCCUUACCUUCGAGUAGCAGAACGCAAGUCACCUAUACUCUCGAAGACCUGGCCGAGUGGCGACCUGUGCUUGCAAAGGGCUUACGAGACCUUCUUGAAUACGACGGAGAUGUUGAGGCGACAUACUGCCGAGACUUUGUCGCAAGUGUUGAGCGAUAUGGUGUUGUGACUGAUACUCCUCUGCUUCCUGGCGGUGAAGCGAUACCAGUCACCAAUGAGAAUAGACGCGAGUAUGUUGACGCUUAUAUCCGCUAUUUGCUCGAUACGUCCGUGGCUAGGCAAUUUGAGCCCUUCAAGCGUGGCUUCUUCACCGUCUGCGCCGGCAAUGCGUUGUCCCUAUUCCGUGCAGAGGAGAUCGAACUCAUGGUCCGCGGUUCCGACGAAGCUCUCGACGUCGACUCCCUAAAAGCCGUCGCUGUAUACGAGAAUUGGCGCGAAGCAUCUCCACCUCACAAACCCCUACCCAAUCCAGCAGAGCAAGUCCCAGUAAUCUCGUGGUUCUGGGAAUGUUUCCGCAGCGCCACACCAGAAGCACAACGCAAACUCCUCGGCUUCAUUACAGGCUCCGACCGUAUCCCUGCCGUCGGCGCCACGAACCUGAUCUUACGCAUUGUCUGUGGCGGUGAUGGAACAGCUGGACAAGGAGAAGCUGGUGGUAAAGAGAAAGAGAGGUUUCCUAUUGCGCGCACUUGUUUCAACAUGCUUGUGCUUUGGGGGUAUGAGAGUAAAGCGAAACUGGAAGAGAAGCUUUGGAGGGCCGUGGCUGAGAGUGAAGGGUUUGGAUUGAAGUGA